ACGUUUAGCCCUUUCGCAUACACGCAUCCCAGCUACACAUCUGCCAAAAUGGCAGUUAUCUGCAGGAUUGCUCUCACAGGGAUUCUUUGUUUCACCCUAAUUUACCAAGUUUCUUGCGCCUGUCGGUCAUGUCCUUAUGGAACACCGGAUGAGAAAUGCAAAGACAAAUACCAGCCAAAAAACGAGCGAACAGCUUGCGUACCCAGUGAAGAAAACAAUAAAAAGAUGUGCGCUAACUACAAGAAGGGUUGGAAGGCCAUCUGUGUAGUCGGAGUAUCAACCUUUCAGUGCAAAACGUUAUGUCCGCAAAAUACGGCCACCAUCUUGAACUGUGACGUCAUCACCAUGAUUGCUGUCGCUCUCUUCUCCAUCUUGCAUCGUUUGCUUCAUUAAUGGCCUCUAGUAGUGUUUAGAUUACAGGAAUGUUUAGUUUACGAGUGGAGCAUUAUGACAAAUCCACGAUAUAAAAAUUGUUCUACAGGGUAAUGACCUUUCGCCUCUCGAUAUAUAUCACGAUUAUCGACAUAUCUGCGAACUUAAUCGAAAUCUCAAAUCAAUAUUAAGGUACUGUGUUUGUUUACCAAUGUAAAUAUAACAUCUUCAAAACUGGUAAAUAUAUAAUCAAAUAUAUUUAUCAUAUUGUUAUAUGAUAAGAACAGACACAAAUCGCUCUGUAUCAUUGAAACCAUAGGAUUAGUCGUGAGGUCCUGAGUGGCAAGCCUUGUAUGUGUUUCUUAAAAGGGAAUACUGAUGUAUAUAUUCCUAGCAAAAUAUGAGUAUAACUCAGUUCAAUUAUGGUUAAAACUAUUAAGACAUUCGUGUUAUUAAAAACAGUGUACUUCGAAACGCUAUGUAAACUCGUAGACAAGUGUUAUAAGUGUAGCUGGAGUCAGAUUGUAAAAGUGUACUUCGAGUCAGAUUGUAAAAGUGUAGCUCGAGUCAGAUUGUAAAAGUGUAGCUCGAAGCCGAUUGUAAAAGUGUACCUCGAGUUAGAUUGUAAAAGAGUACUUCGAGUCAGAUUGUCACAGUGUACCUCGAGUCAGAUUGUAAAAGUGUAUCUCGAGUCAGAUUGUCACAGUGUAGCUUGAGCCAGUGACGUCCUGUACAUAAGAUACCACUGUCCAUUGUCAAAUUAUAUUCCAUGUCUUCCUACUGGAAGAGACACAUAGUUUGCUUUAGUAAACAGUCCUGUAAGUGUGAUUCACCUCAUACAAAUGUCAUUUCGUCUGAUCCAAUUCUGUAAUGUAAUGCAAUCUAGUAGUUUCCAGCUGCGCAGAUUACACAGAAAAUGUCACAGAUUCACAAGCGGAACAAAUUUAAAUCGCGGCUGUGUCUUAGAUAUUAUAGAUUUUUAAUAAGAAUGUGUACAUUGUACAAAGAAGGCUGUGACCAUACAAAAACUAAACGGAUUUCCUUUUAGUGACGUGAAACGCCUCUGAUUGUAUGCGCAAACACGCUAAGGAGUGAUGGAGGCAAGGGAGACAACUCCCGAAAUCGACUAAUCAAUUUUCUGGCGUUUGAUCAUGCGGUGAUGGUUCGUUUGUUGUUACAUGAAACGCCAUUGAUUGUAUGUGCUGACACACCACCGUGAAAUGCAGGCAAGGGAGGCAACUCCUGAAAGCAGUUGAUCAAUUUAUUACAUUAGAUUCAGCGGUGAUAUUUUGUAUAUUUUUAUGUACAUAAACUAACAUUUUGUAUCUGCAUCAUGUAUUUAGAUAUUUAUUAUUUAUUCGUGACAGGUUUUGCUCGAGGAACAAGGAUAAUGACCAGCCUGAAAAGAUAUUUGUGUCAGCAAGCCUUUACAAGACAUUUGUGAUUCACUUUAAGGUCCUUUUUCAUAAAUUGGUAUUAAGAUCAGCUGAUCCAAAGUAAUACAAACGUGGAUUUUUAUAACAUUAAAACACAUCUUUUUUUCUAACUGAUGACUUUAAUUGCACAUUUCAUUAUUACCAUUUAACAAACUCAAUUUUAGUCAUUAAAAAAACCUUUAGACUUGCGAAGAAAACCUAACCUUAAACUUUUCAUUCUAAAAUAUACGUCUAUAACGUUUAUUUAUUUCAUCCGAAAUUCUGUUCAGAAAUCACGUAAAUCACGUCCAGUUCAAGCUUUUGCAGGUGAUUGCUUCUAAUUGGAAGCGACUUGCAUGGAAUGGUACGUGUAUUGUUAUUGUGAAGAUAAGGUAUUCAGAUUUGUGACAGGAACCGCUGUUUCAUUUUAUUGUAAAAUAGUUUGUAUUAGUGUGUCUUUCGUAGAUAGAGACUGAAAAUAAGCUCGGUAAUGUACUUUCAUAACCGUUUGAAGCACUUGUAAAAUACUUGAUAUGUAUCCAUUAACCUUUGUGAUAUCGUGUCCUUGUUGCCUCAAUCACUCAGGGUGAUGAAUUCAUUCAUAUGCAGUGAAUUCAUUAGGCUGGAUGACUGAGUUUCUUCUAUGUGUAAUUAUUUAUGAACACACAUUAUUAUUCAUUCGCAAACAUCUUUUGAAAUAAACGAUUUGGAAAUAGGAA